AACUGAGAGUGCAUUGCUUUAGCCGCUGGUGUGCAGCGCUGAAAAAUUCUUGUGCGUGCGUCCUUGUAUUCAUGUGUUUGCCUUCUGGUUAGAAUUUCCAAUCGCGUGUGUGAUCUUGUGCUUGAGCUGGGCCAUCGUGUUAAUGACGGAUUUAUUAGACUCAAGAUUCGUCUCACGGUUUCUAGUUCGCUUCUCAUCUCACAAGCAGAGCAAGAAGCUUGGAGCGAGCUGGCAUGGCGCAACCGAGCAUGGUGGAGCCUCUUCUUGGAGGCAAUUGGGCGAGGAAAGGAGGAGAGAGCUUGGUGGUGGCCGAGGUGAGGAAGCAGCUGUACCUCGCCGGGCCGCUCAUCGCCGGGUGGCUGCUGCAGAACGUGGUGCAGAUGAUCUCCGUCAUGUUCGUCGGCCACCUCGGCGAGCUCGAGCUCUCCAGCGCCUCCAUCGCCACCUCCUUCGCCGGCGUCACCGGCUUCAGCUUGCUGUCCGGCAUGGCGAGCAGCCUGGACACGCUGUGCGGUCAGGCGUUCGGGGCGAAGCAGCACCACCUGCUCGGCGUCUACAAGCAGAGGGCCAUCCUCGUGCUCGGCCUCGUCAGCGUGGCGGUCGCCGCGGUGUGGGCGUACACCGGGCAGCUCCUCCUCCUGUUCGGCCAGGACCCGGAGAUCGCCGCCGGGGCCGGCAGCUUCAUCCGGUGGAUGAUCCCGGCGCUGUUCGCGUACGGGCCGCUGCAGUGCCACGUCCGGUUCCUGCAGACGCAGAACAUCGUGCUCCCCGUCAUGCUCAGCUCCGGCGUCGCGGCGGCGAGCCACCUGCCGGUGUGCUGGCUGCUGGUGUACAGGGCCGGCCUCGGCAGCAAGGGCGCCGCGCUCGCCAACGCCGUCGCCUACCUCGCCAACGUCGCCAUGCUGGCCGCCUACGUCAGGCUGUCCCCGGCGUGCCGGAGCACCUGGACGGGGCUCUCGCCGGAGGCGCUCCGCGACAUGCUCGGCUUCCUGAGGCUCGCUGUCCCUUCUGCUCUCAUGGUCUGCUUGGAAUGGUGGUCAUUUGAGCUCCUUGUGCUGCUCUCCGGACUACUCCCAAAUCCUAAGCUGGAAGCAUCAGUAUUGUCCAUUUGCCUGAACUCCGGCUCCUUGGCAUUCAUGAUCCCUUUCGGUCUUGGUUCAGCCAUAAGCACCCGUGUUUCAAAUGAGCUCGGCGCCGGCCGGCCGGAGGCGGCCCGUCUGGCCAGCCGUGUGGUGAUGGGGCUGGGCCUCGUCGUCAGCGUCAUGGUUGGGCUAACAAUGAUCUUGGUGCGCCAUUUAUGGGGCUACGCGUACAGCGACGAGGAGGAAGUGGUCCAAUACGUUGCCAAGAUGAUGCCCAUUCUCGCCGUCUCGUUCCUCUUCGACGACCUGCAGUGUGUUCUGUCAGGUGUUGCUAGAGGCUGUGGGUGGCAAAAGAUUGGUGCCAUUGUGAACCUUGGAGCAUACUACCUUGUCGGAAUUCCUGCGGCGCUAUGUUUCGCCUUCGUCUACCAUCUUGGUGGAAUGGGGCUGUGGCUGGGGAUAAUGUGUGCACUCAUCGUGCAGAUGCUGUUGCUGCUGGCCAUAACGGUGUGCACCAACUGGGAGAAAGAGGCUCUGAAGGCCAAGGAGAGAGUUUUCAGUUCGUCCUUGCCUGCAGACAUGACGAAUUGACGAGAUGGCAAUACAGGGACUGAUGCAAGAUAGGAAAUUUUUGUGUCUGGCAGUAGUGGCCAAGAAAUUCUGCAAGGAGAUAAGAAGCUCAUGGAAAAUCGCAGCUCUGGAGCAUCAUCAUUCAUCUCCAUGGAACCCAUCAGCAAUUUAGCAUGGAAUAGCUUUUCUACGUUGAAACGCCGGCCAGUGAAAAAAAAUUCCGAUUUGGUUACUUUCGGCAGAUGCAGAAACAAAAUAUUUCGGUCAGAUGCAGAAAUAAAAUGUUAUGGAAUAGAGAGAGAGAAUUUUGUUGACUAUAGUGGAUGUCAGGAUUUAGACAAUGAAACAAUUUUGGUUCUACUAUUGAUUGGAUGAUUA